AUGGCUCGGAUAAAGAAGAAGGGCAAGGCCGGCGCGGCCAAGAACUACGUCACCCGAAACCAGGCCAUUCGAAAGCUGCAGAUCAGCCUGCCCGACUUCCGAAAGCUGUGCAUCUGGAAGGGAAUCUAUCCUCGCGAGCCCCGGAGCAGGAAGAAGGUGUCCAAGUCGUCGACCAGCUCGACCACCUUUUACUACGCCAAGGAUAUCCAGUACCUCCUCCAUGAGCCGCUUCUGCAAAAGUUCCGCGACCAAAAGGUCCUCGAGAAGAAGAUCUCCCGCGCCCUCGGCCGCGGCGAUGUCACCGACGCCUCCCGUCUCGAGAAGAACGCUGCGCGACCUGAGAAGACUGGAAAGCCUCGAUACACGCUUGACCAUGUCAUCCGGGAGCGCUACCCGACCUUUGUGGACGCCCUGCGAGACCUCGACGACUGCCUGUCGAUGCUGUUCCUGUUCGCCAACUUGCCGUCCACCACGUCGGUUCCCGCCAAGAUGGUUGCCCGUUGCGAGCGUCUCUGCCUCGAGUUCCAACACUACCUGAUCGUGUCGCAGAGCGUUACCAAGUCGUUCCUGUCCAUCAAGGGAAUCUACUACCAGGCCAACAUCCAGGGAGAGGACGUUCUCUGGCUGGUUCCCUACAAGUUUAACCAGCGCGUCGUCGGCGAUGUCGAUUUCCGCAUCAUGGGUACCUUUAUCGAGUUCUACAUGACCCUGCUUGGCUUCAUCAACUUCCGACUGUACACCUCCAUUGGCCUCAAGUACCCUCCCAAGUUUGACCAGGUCAUGGACGAGAACGCUGCCGAGCUUGGCGCCUUCACUCUCGAGGGCAAGACCCUGGUCGGCGCUGAGGAGCACCAGCAAAAGCAAUUGGAGGCUGCUGAGCACAAGCCCGAUCCCAAGGUUCAGGCUGCCGUUAACAAGGUUAUCAAGAAGAUCAAGGGCAGCGAAGCCGAAGACGAUUCGACACCAGCGACCGAGAACCAGGUGGAGGGUGAGGACCAGGAUGCGGGUGUGAUUGACAAGUUUGAGCCGGCGGCCCCUGGCGGCGAUGUGCUCCCCCAACCUUCCAACACCGGAAACAACCCCAACAACCUCUUCUCCAACCUGACCAUCUACCUUUCCCGCGAAACUCCCCGACAACCUCUCGAGUUCCUGCUCAAGUCUUUUGGCUGCAAGCGUGUUGGUUGGGAUGCUGUGCUCGGCGGUGGCGCUUUCACUACUGAUGAGCUUGAUCCCGCCAUCACCCACCAGAUUGUCGACCGACCUCCCAUCCAGGCCGUUACUGAGGAGGAUGGCGACGAUGAGGACAACCAGACUUCGCAGAAGCUUGCUGCCAACCGACGAGUCCCUGGAAGGACCUACAUCCAGCCCCAAUGGGUGUGGGACAGUGUCAAUGACGGCGAGCUGAAGGAGCCUCAUCUGUAUGCUCCUGGCGCUUCUCUGCCUCCCCAUCUGAGCCCCUUCGUGAAGAGCGUCCAGGGCGCAUACGACCCCACCAUCCCUCUCGAGGAGCAGGAGCCUGAGGAGGAAGCCAUUGAGGCUCAGAGCGACGGCGAGGAUGAGGUUGACGAUACUGUUGAGGGUAUGGAUGUGGCCAACUCAGACGAAGAAGAGGAUGGCGAAGACGCAGAAGACGACGAGUUUGGCGGUUUCUCUGAGGACGAGCAAGAAGAGGACGAGGAUGAGGACGAUGCCGAGCAGCGUCAACAAGAGCUGGAGGCUGAGCUCACUGGCGGUGCCGUCAAGUCCAAGACGCCCAACACCAAGGCCAAGGCCAAGGAGGAGGCGCGCAAGGCGCUGAACAAGAAGGCGCGUGAGGAGGCCGAGGACAUUGAGCGGGCCAAGGGCAUGCUCAGCAAGAAGAAGCGGAAGCUGUACGAGCAGAUGGUGUACACGAAUACCAAGAAGAGCGCCGAGGACCAGAAGCUGCGGGCCAAGAGGAGAAAGCUGGAAAAGGAAAAGGCAAAGGGCAAGGCGAAGUAA